GCCGGACCGGGGGCCGGACCGGGGGCUGGACCGGGGGCUCCGCCCGUUCCGGACCGCGAUCCCGCGGGGGGUGUCGCCCGCCCCCUCUCCGGGCCGCCCCGCUCUGCGCCUGCGCGGCGGCGGCGCGAUGGCGCUGGAGACCGUGCCCAAGGACCUGCGGCACCUCCGCGCCUGCCUGCUCUGCUCCCUCGUCAAGACCAUCGACCAGUUCGAGUACGACGGCUGCGACAACUGCGAUGCGUACCUGCAGAUGAAGGGCAACCGGGAGAUGGUCUAUGACUGCACCAGCUCCUCGUUCGACGGGAUCAUCGCCAUGAUGAGCCCCGAGGACAGCUGGGUCUCCAAGUGGCAGCGGAUCAGUAACUUCAAGCCGGGUGUGUACGCGGUGUCGGUGACCGGCCGCCUGCCCCAAGGGAUUGUCCGAGAGCUGAAGAGCCGUGGCGUGGCUUACAAGUCCCGAGACACAGCUAUAAAAACCUAAGGGACUGUGGUGCUGCCCGGAGCAUUCCCCGGUGCUGGGUUUGGAGAGCUGGCAGGCACGCGGGCACCGCUCCGAAACCUUCUGGCUUCAGCAUGUGGGGGCGCGAGCAGGGACUCCGAGGGAGCUCGCUGGCAUCUCCCGCUCAGCACCUCUGGACUCUGACAUUCCACUGGCUGCCCACACAGACCGUAGACCUUUAUUUUGGGCCUUGACAAGGGGGAGGGUGUGAGUACGUCUGGGAAAGUGGUGUUUGGUGGUGAGACACCAAGGGUUUUACAGCUGGUGUGGAAAAGAGGAGGAAUGGGAUGUAGCUGUGUAAAUAUUUCAAUAAAACGUGCAGCCUGGCAGAGUGGA